AUGCCCACUAUCAACGACCUCUACACUGCAGACCUUGAGGACACCAUCCGCGCGCUCUUGAAGAAGACUGGUAUCCCCGGAUGUGCUAUUACUAUUGUCAAGGCGAAAGAGGAUGGCGGGUGGGAUGAGGGGGUGUGGACGCUUGGGGAGGCUAAGAAGGGCGUCCCUGUCACCCCAGACACCCGCUUCCCCUUGUUCUCCAUGGUCAAACUCAUCACCGUCCUUGCCGUCCAUCAAGUCCUCUCCAAAACAUCUUACACAUUCGGUACCCCUCUCAAGACCAUCAUUCCUGAAUUCAAGAGCCCCGACAAAGCGCUGGAAGAGGGUGUGACUGUCGCAGAUAUGUGCGCGCAUGUAUCUGGGCUUCCGGCGUACUUUGAUGUCUUUCAAAUUGGGACGAGCUUGGAGGAUAUCCUCGAAAGCGUCAGCAAACUCCACCCCACUGCGCCCCUCCGCACAACAUUCCAAUACGGCAACCUCAUGUACUCCCUCCUCGGGCUCAUCAUCGAACGCAUCUCCGGCCUCUCUUACCCCGACUAUGUGAAAGAACACUUUCUCAAACCAUUCGACUUGGACAGUGCGGGGUUUGAGAAUGAUGAGUCGACGGCGGAAGGGCAUUGGAUUGAUGCGAGUGGGGGAGGUAAGAUGAGGGGGAUUGACAAUGGGGUAGUGAGGUCGCCUGCCACGUGGCCUGCUGGGGGGUUGAUCAUGAGUAUCAAAGACUACGCAAAGUAUCUCAAACAACUCCCCUCCCACCCUGGCUACCAAUUCGCCUCAACCCCCAACUCUUCCCACCCCGCUUUCGCCGACAUAUUCCACUUCCCCUACUCUUCCACCACCCCCACCUACGGCGGGGGGCUCUAUCAAAUGACGUUUAGGGGGAUGAUAGCAUUGGGGCGCGUUCACGGGGUAUAG